AUGAAGUAUAAAGAAGGUACAGGGGCCCCCUUGCCUGUGGAGGGAGUAGGGGGGCCCCCCAUUGCUCUCUCUUGCGGUCUCUUAGACUGUGCUGCUGCUCUGCAUCACGCUGGCCCCUUCCUGACAGCUGGAGAUUUGCUGCGGCUGUGCUGCUGCUGCUGCUUGCUGCAGCAGCAGCAGCAAAAGGGGGGCCUCUUGUUCUCCGCUCUUGAAGCUGCCCUCGCCAGGCUCCUCCACAGCCCCAGAGCUCGUGCAGACCUCUUAAAGGAAUUCGUUUACAUCAACUGCUGCUCUUUGGGGCCCCCUCUUUGCUUUAAGAAGCCUCAUCAGCCCCCAAGCUGCUGCUGCUGUUCCAACAGCGUAGCCGGAGGGGGCGCUGCAGCAGCAGCAUCAGCGACUGCAGCAACUGCAGCAGCUGCAGCAGCAGACAGGAAGCGACUGAGGUCAGACUUACAAGACUUAAGGGGUUCAACCCCUCAUCAAGGAGACACCCUAUCGAUUUGCUGCAGGGCCCUUCAGCUGUCUCCGAAUCCCCCUCAGCUGUCAUUGCAGCAGCUUGCUUCUUUCUUUCUACGCUUGAGGCGCUGCUGGAGGCUCAUAGGCACAAACGCAGCCCCAGCAGCAGCAGCAGCAGCAACAGCAGCAGCAGCAGCAGCAAGAGCAAGCUCGGAUUCAGCCUCCCUACGGAUCCUGCCGUUUGUGGGGCCGCACAGUGGGGAGGCAGAGGCAUCCGAUGCAGCAUCAGCUGCUGCACAACCUGCAGCAAUAUCAGCAGCAGCAGAAAAAGCUGCUGCUGCUGCAACUGCUGCUGCUGCAGAGGGUUCGCUGGCCGUUGAAAGCUUAGGGGCCCUUCAGUGGGACUGGAGCGAAGCGGAGGAUUGUCUCCUUGUCUCUAGGGGGGGGAGUUGGUGCUUCGUUUUGCAGCAAAGGGAGAGCGGAGUGUUUGUUUACCAGCCGCUUCUCUUUCCUGCUGCUGCUGUUGCUGCGGUUGCUGCUGCCCCUCCAAGUAGUACUCCUGCUGCUGCAGGAAGCAGGGCUGCUGCUGCUCCUUCAGCAGCUGCAGCAAAGUCUUGUGAGGCAAAAGCAUUCGAGCCGCAGCCACGCAAUGUCUCGUACAGUAGUUCUGUCCCCAGGAGCAUCAGUUGCAGCAACAGCAGCAGCAGCAGCAGCAGCAGCUGUGCGUUACCCCUAAUAGCAGAGCUGCCUCCCCGUGGUGCGAGUAAGUUCUCGCAGCAGCAUCAGCGCCAUCAAGGUCCCCACCGCCUCGACAAGGUGCCACAGCAGCAGCAACAUCAGCAGCAACAGCAGCAACAGCAGCAGCAGCAGCAGCAGCACCACAUGCUUCGGCUAGUGCUGCAACGUAGCGUUUCCGUGCAUGAAGAUCCUUCACUGUGGUCGCGGGCCCCCCCUCAACUUUGCGAGUGCUCAGGGCGCGUGGCUGUCCCCUUGUGGGGACCUGGAGAGACACCCCAAAUCUUCAGCUGGAGCCCCAUUUACCCCCACCGCCUUCGCCGCCGCUCUUUUAGGAACCUCCACAGCCUCACAGUUGCUGCACUGCCGGUGUAUCGUCACCAUAGCAGCAGCAGCAGCAGCAGCAGCUGCUGCUGCUGCUGCAGGAAGCAGCCUCCUGUGGAGCUUCUGCUCGUUGGCCAGGGACGGGCGCUGCAGGUGGUGGUGCCGGAGACACUCGAAGUGCUGCCGACGGCGCUUCUCACCAGCCGCCCCGCAAUGCAGCAGCAGCAACAACAGCAGCAGCAGCAGCUGCUGCAGCAGGAACAGCAGCAGCAAGGGGAGCACUGGAAGCUACGAAAAAGUUUGUCUCUGCCGUUUGCAUACAACGGGUAUAUACUGUUAGUCUCGCGCAGGUAUCUCGUUGCCCUCCCCAGGUUCUGUUUGGGGGCAGCUCAUCAAACAGCAUCUUCCUAUGAAGACAGCAGCAGCAGCAGCAGCAGUAGCAACAGCAGCCGCAGCAGCAGCGACCUUAGCAGCAGCAGCCGCAGUAACAGCGAAACUGACAGCAGCAGCGAGAGCAGCCGCAGCAGGGGAUCACCUCCUGGUAGCAGCACUGAAGAGGGCCUUGCGAGCAGCAGCAGCAGGAGAGGCAUGCCCAGCAGCAACAGAGGCAGCAGCAGCAACAGCAGCAGCAGCAGCAGCAGCAGCGAUGGUGAAGAAGACGAUUUUCCUGUAGAGCUCUCUGAGGAGACUGCGAGACUGCGCGGCCCUCAGGGUCGCAUGUGGCGCCUACGAGCUCCCUACUGCAGCAGAAGGCACAGCAGCAGCAGCAACAGCAGCAGUAGCAGCAGUUGCAGUUGCAGUUGCAGUUGCUCUACGAAUGGCACCGACAGCAGAAGUAACAACGGGACUCCCGGCAGCAAAUGCUGCUGCUGCAGUGUCUCUAAUCGGCGCAGCGCAGCAGCAGCAGCUAGCAGCAGCAAACGUUUGCUGCUGCAGUCUCCCUAUCUGCAUGUUGGGCGUCCCUCCACCAUUAGCACGGGGGAUGUUGGGGUCUCCGCAGGCUGUCUCUCUGUACGUUUUGUCUCUAAACCCUCAGCAAUGGCAGCAGCAGCUGCUGCAGCUGCUGCUGACUACCUCCCGCACCUGCUGUCUCCAUCUGUGCCAGUGCUGCAGCAGCUGCAGCUGCAGCAGCUGCCAGUGCUGCAGCUGCUGCAGCGCAGAGGGGCAGCAGCAAGACCUGUGUCUCUAGCGACGUGCAUGCGUCUCUUGGGUCUCCACAAACCGGAGCAGCAGCUGCAGCAGCAGCAGCAGCAGCUGCAGCAGCAGAGAGGCCUACUAUUUGAGGGACAAGAGCGGCAAGGAGCAGGUGCUUCUUUCGGAGACAGUGGUUCUGUGCUUCUCAUUGCUGCUGCACUGUCGCUAGGCAGUCUCCUUUGUGGGGUCCUCGCCCCAGCUGGCUCGCUGCCUCAACCCCGCAAGCAGCAGCAAACCAGCGGAAGUAUUGCUGCUGCUGCUUCUGCUGCUGCUUCUGCUGCUUCUGGCUGGGACGGGGAGCAGCAGCGCGUGGGUGAGCAAAGCCUCGCUGCUGCUGCUGCUUCUGCUGCGGAGGGAGACCCUGGGAUCGUGUGGGAGACGAUCCCCGUGCGGAGGAAUGGGGGGGAGGAGCGCUGGGAGUUUGUGCUGCUGUGGUUGAGGCAGCAGCCAGCAGCAACAGAUGCAGCAAUAGAUGCAGCAGGAGGUGCAGCAGCAGCAGCAGCAGCAGCAGAUGCAGCAGCAAGAAGGCGGUGGGAACGCGUGGAGCUUCGGCUGUCUUCAGGGACUCUCAUCUGCAACAGCGCCUCUGCCGCACAAGUAUUUGAUUUCCGGACGGGGCGCCGCCUGCUGCAGCAAGGAGACUAUCAGGCUUUAGGUGAGUUGAGGUGCUUAAUACGGCUCUCCGAAAGCCGCUUCCCCCAGCAGCUGUAUGCCGAAGCAUGCAGCAAACACAGCAGCAGAAGCAGCAGCAGCAGCAGCAGACCUGGUGGAGGUCCUGUGACGGCUGUGGGGAUGCAUGCGGUAUCUGGCGCAUGUCUUCUUGCUGCUGCGGCACUUGCUGCUGCAACAGCAGCAGCGUCAGUGCUGCCAACGGGAGCUGCUGUUGUGUAA